AUGCCGUUCUUUCUACAAUCUGGGCUGAAACGGCGAAAGAAACAGCUUGCAGUCUACCAUCUCCCACCAAGCCUGGGCCUUGAGGAGUGGUGGAGCGCACCCCAGACCCCGGAUAAGAGGGGAGUCACUACUACAGCCACAACGCCGGACACACUACCUGACAUGGGAAGGCGAUCCCAGAAACCGCCACCAGGUACACCAUGCGACUCCCGAGAUAUAGGGUCCAUGCUCCAGAGACAGGCCAUAGCCAAGAUGGCGGCCCUGGAUGUCCACAUGGCCGUAAUUGCACCCCAGACCCUCAUACAAGAGGUAGCUCAACCUCAGCCUCAGCAACAGAUCUCCGAGCAAACAGCUCAAAAACUACCCAGACUUCUCACUCCUGGCAACUAA